GGGUGCCCUUGGCAAGCUGGGAGGAGGGGAGGCCCCUUGCCCACAUUUUCUCCCUUUCUCUGGGCCUUCCGAGCCUUCAGCCCCACUGGCCCCACCCCUGAGCGCCUGGUCUCUAAGUUCAUAGCCUGGGGCUGGAGGCGGGGCUGGAGACCCAGCUUCCUCUUUGCCCGGAUCCCCCCCAGAGACCGCAGCUACCGGGGAUGCUGGCCUCCACGCUCAGGAGACGCUACUUCCUCGCCAGGGCCAAGUGCUGUGAGUGCGGCGCCUCCCUCUCCCACCAGUACUAUGAGAAGGAUGGGCAGCUGUACUGCAAGAAGGACUACUGGGUCCGCUACGGUGAAUCCUGCCAUGGCUGCUCCGAGCAGAUCACCAAAGGGCUGGUCAUGGUGGCAGGGGACCAGAAGUACCAUCCUGAAUGCUUCAUCUGCCUCACAUGUGGGGCAUUCAUUGGGGACGGGGACACCUAUGCUCUGGUGGAACGAUCCAAGCUCUACUGCGGACAUUGCUAUUACCAAAUGGUAGUGACUCCGGUCAUCGAGCAGAUCCUGCCUGACUCACCGGGGUCCCGCCUCCCGCAUACGGUCACCUUGGUGUCCAUCCCAGCUUCUGCUGAUGGCAAACGGGGGCUCUCUGUGUCUAUCGACCCACCCUAUGGCCAGCAUGGCAGCGGCUCUGAGCACUCCCAUACUGUUCGCGUUCGGGGAGUGGACCCAGAUUGUAUCAGCCCAGACGUGAAGAACUCCAUCCACAUUGGAGAUAGAAUCCUAGAAAUCAAUGGUACUCCCAUCCGGAACGUCCCUUUGGAUGAGAUCGACCUGCUGAUCCAGGAGACCAGCCGCCUUCUCCAGUUGACCAUUGAGCAUGACCCCCAUGACGUCCUGGCUCAUGGCACAGUGCCGGAGGCCAGCCCUCUGGCAGAUCUGCAAAGCCCACUGUGUUCCCCAGCCCAAACACCCACCACAGAAGCAGGGGGGCCCGUCCGGCAGAGACCUGUCCUGAGAAGCUGCAGCAUUGACAAGUCACCCUGUGGCAGCUCCCUGGGUUCCCCAGCCUCCCAGCGGAAGGACCUGGGCCGUUCUGAGUCCCUCCGAAUUGUCUCCCGCACCCACCGCAUCUUCCGGCCCUCUGACCUCAUUCACGGGGAAGUGCUGGGGAAGGGCUGCUUCGGACAAGCCAUCAAGGUGACUCACCGGGAGACCGGCGAGGUGAUGGUGAUGAAGGAGCUCAUCCGAUUUGACGAGGAGACGCAGAGGACGUUUCUCAAAGAGGUCAGUCUGGCUCCGAGGGGGCACCUAGCAGUUCGUAGACCCUUACUGGCCUCAGUUUCACUUCUAGCCAAACCUUGCUUUUGUUUCAGUUUUCAUUUGUUGAAUUCACUUUUAUUUUUAGCUGGCGUUCAGACCCAACGGCUCAAGUUCAUCGGCGUGCUCUACAAGGACAAGCGGCUGAACUUCAUCAGAGACCGGGCGGCGGGGGGAUCAAAAGGAUGGGGUCAAGGGGUCAGCGUGGGGCAAAGGUCAGGGCCAAAGGGAGCUCGGCCGGGAGCAGGAGCCAGGCCGGUGGGUGAGCGGGCCAGAGGCGGCCGGUUCUGCAGCCGGGACAGCUCGCGCCCAGACGUGGCCAGGACCCCCCAAAGAAGCUCCCGUCCCAGCUCUGACAGCCCCCUCUUUCUCCCACAGGACAGCCAGUACCCAUGGAGCCAGCGGGUCAGCUUUGCCAAGGACAUCGCCUCGGGAAUGGCCUAUCUGCACUCCAUGAACAUCAUCCACAGAGACCUGAAUUCCCACAACUGCUUGGUGCGAGAGAACAAAACCGUCGUCGUGGCCGACUUUGGGCUGGCGCGGCUCAUGGUGGACGAGAAGAGCCAGCCCGACCAGCUGCAGAGCCUGAAGAAGCCCGACCGGAAGAAGCGGUACACCGUGGUGGGGAACCCCUACUGGAUGGCACCUGAGAUGAUCAAUGGGCACAGCUAUGACGAGAAGGUGGAUGUCUUUUCCUUUGGCAUUGUCCUCUGUGAGAUCAUCGGCCGUGUGAACGCCGACCCCGACUACCUUCCCCGCACGAUGGACUUUGGGCUCAACGUCCGAGGCUUCCUGGAUCGGUACUGCCCCCCCAACUGCCCGCCGAGCUUCUUCCCCAUCACCGUCCGCUGCUGUGACCUCGACCCCGAGAAGAGGCCAUCUUUUGUGAAGCUGGAACAGUGGCUCGAGACCCUCCGCAUGCACCUGGACAUCCACCUCCCCUUGGGACCACAGCUGGAACAGCUGGAGAAGGGGUUCUGGGAGACCCACCGGCGGGGCGAGAGCGGGCUGCCCAUGCACCCGGAGGUCCCCGACUGAUCCGCCCGGACAGCCCUCGCCCUCCUGGCCCCUGCGGCGCAGGAGUCCCCAUGUCUGACAGUAUCAGCAUCCGCUAACAUCGACAGCAGAGCAGGAGGGAGGGGAAGGGAUACCUACCCCUGCCCUGUCCAUUCCCGCUCCCUCCAAGAGCCAUCUGAGCCCCCCAAAAUGAACAGUCAUCAUCUCCUCGCAGCUUGCCGUGCCCGGGGUCUGGCCCCACCUCAGGAGCCCUUCCUUCCCCAGAGGACGUAAAGCCAGGUUUGUCCACUACAGCUCAGGAUCUCCCGGGGAGGGUCACCCUUCCCCGGGAAGUCUGGGGGGACGGAGGGGCAGAGAGAAAAUGUGUCUAGGUCGCCAUCGGUGACCACAUUUCAGCAUCCGUGCCCCCCUCCCCCCUUCUCCCUACCCACCAGGCCCUCUUGACCAGACCUUUCACUCCUGUCCUUGACCUUCCAUAGUUUGUUCCUUCCUCGCCCUCACUGUGACUGCCCUUGGCUUCUAGUAGUGGCUGCUCUCCCCCCAGCCUUGCUAUAGCUCACUCGCUCCUGCCCCUCGACUCGGAUCGACCCAAAGGGCGGCCCUCUCUGGCACCUUGGUUCCCGGGGACGCUUCUGUUCGGGUCCUUUUUCCCCCCGGCUUUGGCCCUGCUUUGUGAGCCACGAUCUCCUCUCCUACUGCCGGCCCCUGUCGUGAUCUCGAGGCACAGCUUCCCUAUUCCUCCCACUUGGGAUGGUGAUGGGGGCAGUAAAGGUGGGCCUGAGAAAGGAACAGAAGCUGCCCCUGGCUCUCCCCCGCCCCGCGGGGGGAACAAGGAAGGAGUUGCCCCGUCUCCGGAGAGAGAGCCACGGGACUGGCACCGGCACUUCGGGCGCCCCCAGCAUGCUCUGUCCCGGCUGAACGGGGCCGUGGGGUCAGGGGAUUUGCACUGGAAGGGAAUGAGGAAGGCUAGAGGCACAAAACCCUUAGAUUCUCCUUUUAUUUUUAAUGAAUUUUUUUCAAACAUAGAACUUCCAGGAAUCGUCCGUAAGGUUUUGUAGGCUUUGCUCCAAGUGUGUGUUCCCUGAGGUUGGAUUUUGGGGGACGUCUCCCCGUCCUUGUUUCAGGGAGUACGUACUGUAAGGGGAGACAGAGACGAGAGAAACAGAGAGACAGACAGGGAGAGAGACAGAAAUAAAGACGGAGACAGGGAGACAUGAGCAGACACAAAGUUGCCCACAGCUCUAGAAGGACAAGCACGUGGGGAGCGGGGAGCGCCUCCAUGGCCGUCCCUGCCCAGGCUCUGCCCGGCUCUCCGCCUUUCAAAGCCCUCUCUUUUGCAUUUGUUCCCUUGUUUGAGCCAUAAGCUGCCUUGGUUGUCCGGCCCCCAAGCAUCCUUCCCACUGUCCGGACGGACACGGAGUCCCAGGCCUGCGCCUAUGGCCGCACCUCGGGCCUGAGGCUGAGCCGGGACGAGAGCCAUAUUGCCGAGGAGUCUGAGCUAGAAGGACCCCGGGAAUCAUCUCAUUAUCUCAUGCCCUUGGGCUCACAGAUGGGGGGGAGGCCCCCCGCGAGUCUGGACCACCAGAGCCGGCUGCCAGUUCUCUCUGUGUACAGAAAGGGGGCUCCAAGAUUAGAGCCUGGGUGUGAGCGUGUGAGUGUGUGUGUGUGUGUGUGUGUGUGUGUGUGUGUGUGUGUGUGUGUUGGUCACUUGGACACAAGGGGCAGCAGGUGGACAAUUCAGCUCCAACAGGGCCAGGGCAGUAGAGAGAAAGGACAGAAAAUGGGUCAGUCCAGGCCUGCCAACCUGGCCUCCUGGGAAGGCCCCGCCUUUACCUGUCCCUGCCGUCCCUGUCGUCAUGGAGAUGGGAACAGAGGUUCCCAGGAGCCCUCCUCCCUUAUCCCAGGGGAUGUUUGGGAAGCCUGGGCAGGCGCCUGGUGACUGCCCUCGUCCCCGGCACAAAGGGUCCCCUUCCUGUCUGUCGGUAGGUAGUGAUCCUUGGGGGAAGAAACCCCUUUAGCUAGAGUAUUCCCCCUCCUCUUAUUUUCUUUUCUUUCAAAUCACAUCGGAAGUCACUCCAUCCCUCCGUGUCUCAGCACAGCCCCGGCAGCUGCUUGAGCGGGAGCGCCCGAGGGGCCCUUGGUGGCCCAAAGUGUCUCAACUUGGACCCCAAAAGGGCUGGAAGUGAUCCAAGGGGAGGCUGGGGGCGACCCGAUAGGAACGGGCUGGGGAAGGGAGACAGCAGGGGUCUGCCAGCAUCACCCCCGGACCUUCAUCUCCCUCCUGGCCCCAUCUUUGAUUUCCCUCCCCCAAGGAGGGACUGAUGGGAGGUGAAGGAGCAAGGGAGUCUUCAUGCUACUGUUUACCCAGGUUCUUUUGUGUAAUAUAUUUUUUAAAAAGAGUUUGUAUUAUUUUUUCAUACAGGGGCUGUAGGGGUGGGGGGGGGAGUCGGGGGGUGUUGUUUUGAGGGGAGAAGGGGUAUCUUUUUCUUUCUUUUGGGGGCCAUUUUUUUUUUCCCACUCUGCCUCAGCUUACAGGAAAGUAUUAAAACUGUGACGCAUUUCUCAGUGCACUUUGACCUGGAAGGAAAAAAAAACCCUAAAAAUGGGAUUUUUCUUUAAGGAGGUGGGAAGUGCGCCCUCCAGACCUGUGAUAACACACAAUAAAAUCCAUACUUUCCACCCA